AUGGAGCAAGAAGCUUUCGUUGAAUUUGUAUCUCUCCAUAUCAGAAUUUUCAAAAUUCUUGGUUACUGGAAACCAAAUCCUGAUGAGGAAAACCAUAGUUUGUAUAACUUCUACACUAUACUAUGCACAGUUAUAUGGCUCCUUUGUUUGACAUCUCAAAUUGUACAUUUGGUAAUGGUAUUUGACGACAUGCAAGAGUUUACUGAAAUCGUGUACUUGAGCGGUAUUUUUUUAAUUAUUUUCCUCAGAACGGUGACUAUAUACCAUAAAUUGGACUCUAUCAAGAUUUGUAUGAUGGAAUUAGAUAAACCAUUGAUGCAGCCCAAAUGCCAGAGACAUUUCGAACUCAGCCGAGCUCUCAGAUCUUUCCAUAAGAAAUGUUAUUUCUUCUUUAUUUUUAUGGCUUUUCAGAUCACAGCCGGCUUUGCUGUCAUUCCCUUCAUUGUUGAAGGAAGACCAACGGUGUAUCAAGGCUGGUUCCCUUUCGAUUGGAAGAAGUCGCCAUUUUACGAAAUUGUGUUGACCAAAAAUGUAGAAUACAUAUACCGAGUAACCAUCUGCAUUUUGUUUUUUUGUGCAGCAUUAAUACUAUGUUCGCACUUAUAUCAGUUGACUCAGAGUGACAAAAUACUGUUCUCAGCUUACAAUACACCGUGGGUAGAGUGUAACACGAAAUUCAAGAAAACUCUGCUUAAUUUCAUGACCCAUACCUCGAAACCAAUCGGAAUAAAAGCUGGAGGACUAUUCACGAUGUCGAAUAGUGUAUUUAUAUCGAUAGCCAGGCGGCAAUCAAAGCAGUCAACUCUAUGCAAGUUAACUCAAAACUGGGGCUGCUUAGAAACCCUAAAUGCACUGGGCAGUCAGAACAGAUUGACUCUAGCAUGGGUACCAGCACAUACAGGGUACGAGGGCAAUGAAGAGGCAGACUCACUUGCCCGAGCAGGAGCAAACAAAGCUCUUAAUGGCCCAGAACCCUUCUGUGGUAUUGCGAAAGCUAUACAAAAGACUAGUAUCAAAUCAUGGAUGCAAACUGAAUCUCAAGAAUGGUGGAACAACUCGCCAGGAAUGAGACAGGCAAAAGAGUUUAUUAAAAAACCAUCGCCAACAUUCACAGAAUAUCUACUAAGCCAGAAACGAAGUUCAACUAGAAUACUAUUGGGACUUCUCACAGGGCAUUGUAGGCUCAACAAACACAUGAGUACGAUAGGUCUGACUGAAGAACUGCUGUGCAGGUUCUGUCAAGAAAAGGAAGAAACAGCAGUACACAUACUUUGCCACUGUGAGGGCUUGUCAAGACUAAGGUUCCUUACGCUGAGUGAGGAAAAACCAGGAACCCAGAGAUCUGAAAGCUAG